UUCGUGCAAGUGUUGUUAUUAUGGCUCUGAGAUCUGUGAUAUCCUCUAAAAUACCAAUGGUGAUAAUUCUUGGUGCAACAGGAACUGGGAAAACAAAACUAAGCUUGGAAUUAGCGCAGAAGUUUGAAACGGAAAUCAUUAGUGCUGAUUCAAUGCAGGUGUACAAAGGUCUGGACAUAGUGACAGCGAAGGCGAGUCGUCAAGAACGAGAACUGGUACCGCAUCACUUGCUAGAUCUCCUAGAACCUCACCAGAUGUUUACCGUCGUCGAUUUCCGCAAUAGAGCUCUGAAGAUUAUACAAAAUCUCACUGAAAAAGGAAAAAUCCCAAUAAUUGUAGGCGGCACGAAUUACUAUAUCGAAUCAAUAGUAUAUCAAAUUCUUGUUGAAGACAUGAAUGACUCGAACGCCCUCUUGUGGGAGAUGAGCAAACGAAAAAGAGACUAUGUCCAAAAUGAUGAAUCUAAACCAAAAAAACUAGCUGGUGACUGUAAAAGUGAUAUGAACAAAGAAAAACUCGAUUGUAGUGAUGUGCAUGAAGUAGAAGAUGUUAUCGAAAAUGUUAUCGAUAAACAAAAAUUACAAGAAGAUAUCGAUAACGAAAAAAAUUUCAGUAAUGAGGAAAUUCAUGCUAAAUUAAAAGCGAUAGAUCCGGAAAUGGCGUCUCGACUACAUCCUAACAACAGAAGAAAAGUUUUAAGGUCUAUAGAGUUGUGGUUGAAGACAGGUCGUCGUCACAGCGAAGUGCUGGACGAGCAGAAGUUGAGCGAAGGACAGCUGCGACGCCCCGACGCUACCAUCGUACUGUGGCUCAAGUGCGAACAGACGAUACACGACGAACGUCUCAAUGCUCGCGUGGAUUCGAUGCUGAAAGAAGGCCUGAUACAAGAGCUACUCAACUUCCAUGACAGGCACAACAAACAGAGGAUUAAAGACGGCAAGCCACCAGAUUAUACCAAGGGGGUGUUUCAAACGCUAGGACUGAAAGAGUUCCAUCAAUACUUGAUGAUGACUGAAGAUGAUAGAAACAGUGAAGACGGUAAAAAAUUAAUGCUGCAAAGUAUAGAGAACAUGAAAAUAGCUACACGUAGAUAUGCGAGAAGACAAAACAAAAUGGUCAAAGGACGCUUUUUAGAGAUUCCUAGGAGAGAGGUGCCAACAAUUUAUGAACUGGACACAACAGACUUAUCUCAGUGGGAUAAACAAGUCAAAAAUAAGGCUAUAGAAAUAAUAGAAAGUUAUAUCAAUAAAAUUCCUUGCCCUUACGAGCCUUUGCAAAAAAAUAUAGAUGAAGAGAAAAAUAAAAUUAAUAGUCAAUCAUCAAAUUAUUGUGACGUUUGUGAAAGGUUAAUUAUAGGUGACAAGGAAUAUGCUAUACAUUUAAAUUCAUUUAAACAUCAAAGGGUGCUGAAAAAGAAAAAGAAGCUUCUAGACCAAAAGGCAAAAGAA